CGGUUGUAACUACAGGCCUACUACAGUUAAUUCAGAUCACCACUUUUCGUUCUUUUUUUUCUUUUUUGCGCACACCCUGAAAUCUGCGCCUCAGCCUAUAACAUCUCCAGCAGCCCACGUCCAGGCGUGUUUAAAUAAAGGAAGAGACGCUUCAGAUUGAUUGAUGUGCGCUUUAACCAUCGACUGGCUAAUCCCGAUGAAUGACAAACGGUUAAGCCAAUUGCUGUAAAGGCAAUUUAUAUUCCCAUAGUAUCUUUAUUUUGGGAAACCAUAAAAAACGCUCAUGACACGGAGAGGGACGACCAACCAGGCGUAAAGCUAAUAAAAUCUGUGGCGACAAUCCGCUCUCAAAUUGGCCUCAAUCGGGAACUGAGAAAAUUUACUCACGGGCUUUUCUUGCUUUCUCUCUCACACACGCGCGCGCGCACACACACGCGUCCACCCCACGGCCAACAUUUUUAGACUGCUAUGUCGUGACCGGAGCGAUGCAAAUGUCACACGAUUCAUUGGCUACUGUCAGUCUCCGGCACAAAAACGUCAAUGUUUUGGUGGCCUUUGGAUGAAAUUCGCUCCGUGUUGUCCGGCUGCCGCUGUGGAAGGGGGUCGGUAGAGACCCGAGGCUUCGUCGGGGCUUCGCUUCAGCACCUGGACAGCUCCCCUCACAGGGUUCCCCGCUGCGCUCGCCGGGGAAACCCUCGGCUGGGGGAGCGGAACCUGGAUCUGGAUCAGCCCCUCAGCGAUCUCAGCCAGGAGAGGAGACUUGCACUUAAAAAGGGCCGUUUUUGUGUGAUCGCUCUGAUAACACUUAGAAGCUAAUAUGAUCUUGCCGUGUGACGAUGCUUCUUGCAUUUGAGCUUCAGCCCCUCUUUGGUUUUGCACUGAAAUCCAAGCAGCGCAAGGGAGCAGCGCAAGCAGCAGCAGCAGUGGUGCUCGUCCAAUGCAAAAGUGCUAAGGAUAGCUGCAGCCUACACACACUGCGAGCCUGCUGCUGCUUCACUUACGCUGAUCACCACCGAGGGAGACAUUACUAUCAGCAAGGGGGCAGCGAGAGGCACAAUUACCCGUCAACAAUGUAAAUCUCACACAGGUUCAACAUGACAGCAGCAUCUCUCAGGUGAGAAGGUGAACUGCAGCACUAAAACGGACAUAAGUGAGUGGAAAUCUUGUGACAACCACCAAAACUCUCCUCUCUCCGUCACCCAGCAUCAUGGCUAAUGCUGAGGAAGUGGAGCAGGCAGGUCUGUCAGACUUGGAGAUCAUCUCCCAGCCGGUGGAGGAUGAGAACCAGUGCUUGGCUCCUCCAGUCCAGCUGGUGAGUUUUGGCUACAGAGAUCUGCCCCUCGCAGCUCUGGACCUCUCGCUGGCUGGGUCGCAGCUGCUCUCCAACGCCGAUGAAGAUGAAAACAGGGAAGGGUCCAACUGGCUGAAGCCGUGCUGUGGCCGUCGGGUGGCCCUGUGGCAGGUCUGCCUGCUCAGCGCCGGCUUCAACUGCAUCCUGGUGGCCUGCGUUAUCCUGGUGGUGCUCUUCCUGUCUCUGGAGCUGCUGAUAGACACCAAACUCUUACAAUUUUCCAAUGCGUUCCAAUUUGCCAGCAUUAUCCACUGGAUCAGCCUUAUCAUCCUGUCACUCUUCUUUUCAGAGACUGUCUUCAGGAUUGUAGUGCUUGGGAUCUGGGACUACAUAGAAAACAAAGUUGAGGUGUUUGAUGGUGCUGUCAUUGUGCUGUCCCUGGCCCCCAUGGUGGCCUCCACGGUGGCCAAUGGGCCCAGCAGCCCCUGGGACGCGAUAAGCCUCAUCAUCACCCUACGAAUCUGGAGGGUCAAAAGGAUCAUUGAUGCUUAUGUGCUUCAAGUCAAGGUUGAGAUGGAAUUGGAGAUCCAGCAGUGUGAGAAGACGAAGGCUGUGAGAGAGGAGCAGCUGGAGCGUCUCACUCAGAUCUGCCAGGAGCAGGCCUUUGAGAUCAGGCAGCUGAGGGCACAUCUGGCCCAGCAGGACCUUGACCUUGCAGCAGAGCGUGAAGCAGCCAUGCAGAUACAUCAUGUAUGGGGCAAACAGGGCAGGAGCUUUCAGGUGGUAGAAGGUUUGACUCCUGGGGAGUCUGAUGAUGAGGGCGGUCAGAGAAACCCCCGGGAGCCACAUGCUACUGCAGAUCCAGUAGUACGGGAUGACAUGAACAACUACAUCAGCCAAUAUUACAGUGAAGCGAGCAGUGAUGCUGGAGCUUCAGGCUUGGGAGCGCGGGUCAUCACCAUGGCAGCCAUUGAUGUUCACCUUCCCACCAGUACGAACCCCAGCCAGUCAAAUCCCAUGCUUGCCAUGGAGCGGGUGGGCAGCGCUGUAAGUGACGCCUCCACCAGCAUAUCACGGUCCAGCGGCAGCCUGACAGCCCGCCCCCACAGCCUGAGUAGCCACACGCCGGGUUCCUCUAUGACAGACUGCAGCAGCAGCACAGCUCAGGACCUCAGUCUGAGCUACAGCUCCCAUCGCUGCUGCCCUCCUUCCUUCUCAGGCCAGGACCCCUGCAGGGACCCCAGCAUGGUGGUGCAGGAGCUACUCUCCUCCCUCUCUGAGGACUCCUGCCUGGCUCAAAAGGGCCUGGCGGUAGACCCUGUCAACCUUAAGCUUCCCAGUCCUACGGGCUCAGAAAAUGCAAGCCCUGAGCUGGACAACAGAAUAAACAUCUUCAAUCGCAGGAACCAGGAGGAGAGGCGAGGCCGGGGACGAGGUUGUGUGCUGUUGCAGACCAAGCCGCUGAUCCACCUGCAGGGCAGCAGCGCCGAGCCCUCUCUGGAGGAGAAGUACCGGCUACUAGGACCAGCUGACUCGCCUCUGGGCCACAUGCCUGAUACAUAAGCUACAUUUACACAGAAACAGAAGCUUUUACUCUCUUUUUACUGCCAUCUUGUUUGGCAUAUAUCUGUACUUGUGUGACAGGUCCAACCUCCUGAGAGGGACCACAUGAGAUUUAAAAAACUGAUUUUUCUGUUGCUGUGUAAAUCCAAUCUUAGCCAAUUCAGAGCAAGCUUGAGCCUUAGCUUCCAGUUAACACUAAUGCUCUUUCACUUGACGUGGUCAGAAGUCAGUAGUAGAAGUGACAAUAAGAAUUCUUAGGCCCUUUGCCAUGCUGUGCAACCUCCCGUGUUCCCCCUUAAUGGAUUUUUGAAAUCAGAAAUGCCCGGAUAUAGCACAACAAAGACAAUAACAUCCCAGUAAAGGGGCGUCUACUGUGUUCUUGGACACAUUCUUCAUCAGGAAUUCUCACUUUGAAUAGGUCCUAAAAGCACUGAACUUUACAUGAAUUAAAACCAGCAAAGGGCCAUUCAAGCCUAUACUGAACAAAAACAGAAAUGUUGAGCAGUGUUGCAAUCCUAGACACUGUUCUCUGGAAUUCUGAGCAGUUAAAGGAGUGUUUUCUAUUGCAUUUUGUUGUUAUUUUGUUUCUUUUCAUUUGUAUUCUCAACUUAAACAUGAAUCUGUUCUUUGUUCAAACAGCCACAGGGUACAUAAGACUGGCUUUACUAUUCAAACGGCCAAUUUUUUACCUUUGCCUUUCUGUCACCUAUUAGUUUGGUUUGAAACCAUUGACUGUCAUCAAAAUUUAUUGGAUAGCAUUUUUGUUUUCAGAAAAUAUUAGUAGGGUAUAUUUGUGUGGUUGAAUUGAAAAAGAAACUGUCUGGACUCUUCACAUGAAACUAGACUGGAGUGCUUGUAGCAUGAACCUUUAAAAGAUAUGUGCCAUAUUUGGCGAGCAAAUUCUUUGCACUUUAAUGUUUACAGACACUUUUGUAAACUUGAUAUGGAGGAAGUUAUUGCCAAAUGCAGGUGUUGUCAUUUGAAUGAAAAUAGCAAAAAUAAAAGUUAGUAUUUCCUUAA